GGAUGACAUUUAAGGACAUGAUGACGUCACCAACACAUUUUGAGAAAUCGUGCAUCUCGUUAUCAACAACAACAUUCAAUCAACCAUUCCCAUUUGGGACUUUUCUUUCAACAGUUUCAACUUCAAGCUCAAGCAUUUUAAACAAAUGCACUGACUGUACUUCCUUCAAAGUUCAAGUUGUUUCAUUUUGCCCGAGAAUUCGAGAAGUGUUCAGUUUCGUCUUCAUUAACUGGUCAGGAUUUUUCCGUACGAGUUUAUGCAUAUUGUAUAAUUGUAAACGUAGUUUUGCGAAUAUUCAUCCAUUGUGAUCGAAGAAGAAAAUAAGCACGGAUUGCCACAGCUAAAUCCAUCUUCGAAUAACGAAUUGGUUUUGAAUCGAUCCAGCAUGUCCAAUAAAAGCUCGCACGUUCCUGUCACUGAUAGCAUAUGCUUAACCAAAUUGAAUUAUAGAAAAUGUACGUAUUUAUGGGCCAUUGAAAACUACUCAUUUCAUGAUAAAAGGAAACUAGUUUUGAAAUCGUUGCCCUUUUCGGCGCAUGACGACAAAUUCAAAUGGCGUGUACAUCUUAAUCCCGUAUACUAUACCAGCUCCUACUAUUACGUUGCAUUAUAUUUGUAUCCGUCGGAAGAAUGUUCUGAUUUCACUGAACACAGUCCAAUCAUGGGAACUUUGAAAUUCGCCAUAGUAGACGCCGAAAACAAGGAAAAGCACCCUCAAACUAUAGAGUUCACGUUGACUUCUGGUACAUCAAACACCUGCGCUGGAUUUCCGCAAUUCAUUCUCACAAGUACCUUGUUUACUGCAGCAAACAAGUUGCUGCUGGAAGAUAAGCUGUCAAUAUUUUGCGAAAUAUCGUACGUGAAAGAAACUGAUAUCGUGUAUAUUUCCAGUGAACCGUUCUCAAAUUCGCUCGAACGUGAGCCAGCUUGCUUGGACGAUAUCGAGAUGUUGUUUAUGAAUAAAGAGUUUAGCGACGUCACAUUAUCCGUUAAAAAAAAAUCAUUCCCAGCCCAUAAGAGUAUUUUAGUGGCUCGUUGUCCUGUUUUCAAAGCUAUGUUGAGUCACGACAUGAAAGAGAAACAAUCCGAUUGUAUUGAACUUCAAGACAUCAACUUACCGGUCUUCAAGGAGAUGUUACGCUAUAUUUAUACUGGAACAGUUCAAAACUUGAAGUGUUUGGCACCUGAAUUGUUAGCUGCAGCUGAUAAAUACGAUAUUAGAAACUUGAAAGCUAUUUGCGAGAAAGAGCUUUAUGAGAAGCUUUCUCAGGAUACUGCUGUGAAUACGUUGAUGUUGGCCGAUAUGUAUCACGCUAAGAAGCUGAAAAAUCAGGCUCUUUUGUACAUCAAGAUACAUUCUUAUACUUCGAAUAUACUAUCGCAAGAAGUUCGAAAAACCAUGGUUGAAUCGUUUCCUCAUCUGCUUUUAGAGAUUAUCGAUACGUUUGGUAAACAGGGUCCAAUGUGAAAUGUGAUCAAUUGAUGGUUGAAGUUAUUGUUUUCGAUUUAUUCUUGUUGUUACCAGUAGGGUUGUUUAAUUUGUUUAUAAGUGGAGAACUGGAGAUGUAAAUAAUAUUUUUGGAUCAGCUAGUAAUAUUUUCUUUUCUCGAGAAAUUUAAUCUACAUUUGAAUCGGAUUAAUUUUCUUUCGUCUGUCAUUGAAAUUUCCAUUCGUCAUACGUUACAUACUCCCCUGCACUUCUCUGUAUCUGUGCAUGAGAUUUUUUAAUUGAAUUACUUAUUUGAUUAUUCCUAGAUUAUUCAUAUUUGUGUCUUAGAUUUUAUACCUACUUACUUAUUUUAUAAUAGUUGAGCUUCAAAGCUUGCAUUUAUAUAUUUUUUAUUUUGAAAGCUUCCUUUUUGUGAUUUUCAACCUACUUCUUUUAUACUCAAUAAAAUAAAUUUAUUCUGUU